AUGCCCAAUAAUAUGAAAUACAUGGAGAAUAGAAACAAUGUGACAGAAUUUGUUCUACUGGGGAUCACAGAGAAUCCAAAGAUGCAGAGAAUCAUAUUUGUUGUGUUUUUUCUCAUCUACAUCAUUUCUAUGGUAGGAAAUGUGCUCAUCUUGGUCACCAUCACCACCAGCCCAUUACUGGAAACCCCCAUGUACUUCUUCCUGGCCUAUCUCUCCUUUAUUGAUGCCUGCUAUUCCUCUGCAAGUGCCCCUAAACUGAUUGUGGAUUCACUCCAUGAGAAGAAAACCAUCUUAUUCAAUGGGUGCAUGACCCAGAUCUUUGGGGAACAUUUAUUUGGAGGUGCUGAUGCCACCCUGCUGACUGUGAUGGCCUAUGACCGCUAUGUGGCCAUCUGCAAGCCCUUGCAUUAUACAACCAUCAUGAAUCGGCGGGUGUGUGGCCUGCUAGUGGGAGUGGUGUGGGUGGGAGCCUUUCUUCAUGCAACUAUACAGAUACUGUUCAUCUUCCAAUUACCCUUCUGUGGCCCUAACAUCAUAGAUCACUUCAUGUGUGACCUGAUUCCUUUGCUCAAUCUUGCCUGCACUGACACCCACACUCUAGGGCUCUUCGUUGCUGCCAACAGUGGCUUCAUCUGUCUGUUAAACUUCCUCCUCUUGAUGGGCUCUUAUAUGGUCAUACUGCGCUCUUUACAGAACCAUAGCUUGAAUGCUAGACGAAAAGCCCUCUCCACCUGUGUCUCCCACAUCACAGCUGUGGUCUUAUUCCUUGUUCCCUGCAUAUUUGUGUACAUGAGACCUGCAGCUACUUUAUCAAUUGAUAAAGCAGUUUCUGUAUUCUACACUAUGAUAACCCCUAUGCUAAACCCCUUAAUCUAUACCUUGAGAAAUGCCCAGAUGAAAGAUGCCAUUAGAAAAUUGUGUAGUAGAAAAGCUGAUAAAUAA